AUGGUCGACGGCAGGCGUCCGGUUCAUCUGAAUGCUCUUCCAGACGAAGUUCUGCAGCACAUCCUUUUCUACCUUUCCCCGCGGGAUACCCUCUUGAAUGUGCAGCUGGUCUCCAAGCGAUUUAACAGACUAGGCAGCGAGCCUCUGCUGUGGCGAUACCACUGCAGAGUACAGUUCCAAUACUGGGACUCGAAACAUCGGAUCAAGCAUAAGUUUCUGGGCAAUGUUGGGGACGUGGACUGGAAGACGCUCUACACGCAUCGGAGAAAGGUCGAUGCCCAGACCACUGAGAUCCUCAACAGCAUCCUAGAGGACCAAGUGAACCGCAUCAAAAAAUCCAACUUGAUCGGCGAGUUCGGCUAUGACGCGAAAGACACAUUACUUCGACAUUGCCACACCAGUGAGGCGGCAGAAGAUGUACUUGCUAGGAGAUACUAUGCUACAGCUGUGCUAGACCAUGUGCAUCGUUCAGAGGCCCUCGGGGAGUGGGCUAAACUUGCCAAGGGGGAAUCUGUCCCACUCGAAAGAGCGCUGGGGUCGUUUGAUUUGUUUGUCCUGCACGAUCAUUAUGGAGACCUACUCGAGAUUUGUGAUCUCUUCGACGAGCUGGUAAAGCGGCUCCGCAUUGAACGCCCUGAUCUGGAUCAACUAUCAACCCGAAAGAAGGCUAUUGCAGUAGCUUCAUUUUUGCGGACCCAUAACCUGACUGGUCUCGACUCUGAACUGGCAUAUCGAGACCUACAAAACAACUAUAUUGGAAUUGCUCUGCAGGAUCGAGAACAUCCAUCGUUACCGUUGAUAUCCGUUGCUAUCUUCUGCAUCUUGGCGCGUAGACUUGGGCUCGAUGCACGGUGCUGCGGAAUGCCAAAUCAUGUUCACGCAAUGAUAUUUCCAAAUCCAUUCGAAACUCUUGACGGCAGAGAUCCGAACACAGGUGAUCUUGGCCCUAUGUACUUGGACCCUUACCGAUCAGAUCUGGAAGUGCCCACAGCCCAUCUCCGAGAAACGCUAGCAUCAUGGGGCAUCCGGUCUGUGGACUUUGCCCGAUUUAUAGCCGACUCUUCUACCGCCAGCCUCGUUCUUCGCACGUCCAGGAACAUCUUAGCCACAGUCCAUGAGUUCAGAGGACAGGGUGGAAAUAUGGAGAAUACUGGCCAUCCCACAAUUCGACUUUACGCGAAUCCAUUUGCUGAUAUGGACAACGCUUUUUAUUCGGCACUGUGGGCCAACUUUCUGUUAAGCAAUCCAGUUUCAAGAUCGGAUCCGCAUAACCAGCGACAGUUCAUACCCUUAAUAUUAGAGAGGUUUGAACGUCUAUACCCAAUGGAUGCUUCUCUAAUAGAGCAAUACAUUUGCCCAUUGUUUAAUAAUCCUUCUAAUGCCGAGCAUUGGGAACUCCAUGAAGCUCUACGGGUCGUCCGGGCCGCAGACCAGUCUCCAAGGCAACUGAAGCCGCGUGACACGAGAGCAGCUCGAGAAAGGGUAAAGUACAAAGUUGGCCAGGUGUUCCGCCAUAAGAGAUAUAACUACACAGCUGUUAUAACGGGAUGGGAUAUCGAGUGCGGCAUGAACUCGGACUGGAUAGCACAUAAUAACGUAGACUCGUUAUCUAGAGGCAGAUACCAAAGCUUCUAUCACGCACUGUGA